AUGAGUGAGAGAACCGACUCCGAGUCUUUUUCUCGGGUUCUCAGACCUGAGUCUUCCUUGGUACUCCCGGGAGACACUGUACUUGCAGACGCUCGAGCACAGCUGCCCGCAAACCUGGUGCCGUUGCGGGUGGGGCCCGGCAUCACUGCGCUCCCCGACUGGAACCGUCCAAGUCAGUUGAUCGCGACUCGUACAGGCAGACUGCGCUACGCUCCGCGAAUGCACGUCGAGUCAAACCAGCGGCGGUACAUUCCGUACGUGAACGAUGUUGUUGUUGGGGUUGUGGUCGAUCGGGUCGGGGGCGACCACUAUCGGGUUGCGAUUGGCGCAGCAACGCCCGCGCUUCUACCACUCCUCGCUUUUGAGGGCGCAACCAAACGCAACCGUCCACACCUGGCUCCAGGGCACGUUGUCUAUGCGCGUGUCACGCAGGUGCCUACCCCGCAACGAUUCGCCGAGACCGAGCUCAGCUGCCAGGCGCCUGGUAGUGCAAAAAGCUGGACCAGUGGUGAAGCGAUCUUCGGUAGACUAGCAGGAGGAACGCUGUUUAGAAUAUCACUGGCGGCAGCACGGCAGAUGAUUCGGCAAGACGCGCCGGUUCUGCAGCAGCUAGGGAAACAGCUCGUGUUCGAACUGGCUAUCGGCAUGAAUGGAAUCGUAUGGGUUAAGGGCCGCACGACUCGGACAACGAUUCUCGUUCGACACGCGAUCCAGCGCGGCAUUCGUUCAAGUCCAACGGAAGCGCGACGACUUGUUCGGCAGCUGAUAGAGGCAGUGUCGCAAGCUGAUACGGAAUCGAUGCAGACGCUGUGA